AUGACAAAAGAACCAUACUUUAUUUCCAAUUUAACUUCAAUAAAACCUAGUAACAAUAGAAAUUAUUCAAUUGUAUCACCAGAUCUACCAAGUAUCACUAAUACUCAAUUAAAAUAUGCUCCACCAUUAAAUAUCACCAAUGACAAUGAACCUACUGAUACCAAUGUUGAUAUCAAAGCAAGAAAACGUUCAAUUGAACCAUAUUAUAAUAAACCUAUAAAAAUUGGGGUUUUACCACCAGCCAUUUUAAAUCAAUUUACUUAUCAUUUCCAUGAUGAAUGUGCUAUUAUCGAUGAUGAUGAUGAUGAUGAUUAUGAGUAUGAGUAUUAUGACGAUAUCGAUGAAGAAUUAAUCAAUUAUUCCGGUUCAGUAAUUGCACCAGGGAAUAUGUUAGAUACUGUAUCUGAUAAUUAUGAUCAUAAUCAUAAUCAAGAUGAUCAAUGUGUAUUGGAAUCAACUAAUGAUUUUAAAAAAUCAAUGACAAAAAUCAAAGUUCCUCCAUUAUCAGUCGUUAAUGAUGAUAACUCUAAUUUAUCAAUUCCAAAUAUAUUAAAAUUAGAACAGUAUUUUAAAUAUAAUAAUGAAAUUUUAAAAACAAAAUUAUUAAUUAAAAGUAAUAAUCCUAAUAUUUUAAUUAAUGAAAGAAGUAGAAAAUUAUCUGAUUCUUUAUUGGCUCCAAAUUUACAACAACAACAGCAGCAAGAUUUAUUUGUAAAUGAUCAAUAUGAUUAUUGUCAAGAUAAUUAUUAUUAUUAUAAUGGUAUUAAAGGUAAUGUUAGGGAUGACUAUAGUAAUAAUAAUGAAUCAUAUAGUUUUUUAAUUUAG